AUGGAUCAUCUGCCAACUAUCUCUGUGGCCGUUUGUCUUGCAGGCCUUGCCGUUGUUUUCUUGCUAAGUAUAUUUGCGCUCAGACAUAUUGUAGUCUGGGCAUGUCAGCGGGCAUCCAUUGCCUAUAGGCCACUGGAUCACUCGUACCACGAUGCGGACGGCAAAGCAAUAGAGCUGUCUAUGCCAACAGCUUCAAAACCAGUCCUACGUCUUGCUAUAACCACCUGUGUCACUGUAGGAGAACUGGCCUCUUUAGCCGAGGCAAUUCUUACAAUUUUUGGGUCCCGUUUGGCGUCUGUCGGUGUCUGGUUAAGACUGGCGGCAUGGACGCUCGUCUUGUUUCAGUGUACUACAUUGUUUGUCCAAUCUUCCUAUGCGGUCCACUUCUCUGUUGGAUGGAGGACCGGACUGAGUUGUUUCACCAUUUUGUCUCUGCUUUGCACCGAGGGCUAUGUGCAAUAUCUCGCCAAUUCCCUCAACUUAUGGCAAAUAACGCUGGGCACAGUAGAGACUGUCUCCUGUUUCUUGGUCGGAUGCCUCUGCCUUUUGAUUCCCCGGCGACCGGAUGUUUUUCACAAUGGCCUCGUUGUCGAUCAACAGUACACAACCAGUCUGCUAGGCUGGAUUACCUUUUCUUGGGUCGGAACAUUGUUGAAAGAGAGCAAACGAUCUUCGGAUCUCUCGAUCAAAGACCUCCCAGAGCUCGAUAGCAAUACACGUGCGAACACAAUUUAUAACUCACUCAAAGGAACCAUACCGAAAGGCACGGCUUUCACAUCCAAGGAUCUAUGGAGAUUUUUGUUUCGAUGCAAUAGCGUACCUCUGAUAAUUCAAGGCGCUUUGGCGGUCGUACUAUCAGUAUUGAGCUUCCUGCCACAACUUGCAUUACUGGAUAUCCUUCAAAAGCUGGAAGGUCAGCAACAAGACGGGAAAGGAAUUGAUCUCUGGGUGCCCGUUGCAGGACUUGGGGUGUCCAUUCUGGCGACUGGAGAGAAGACGGCAGAGAAGGAAAAAAUGGACGAUGCGAACAGACCACAGAGCCCGACCAACAUCGUCAGUGUCGAUGUGAAGAAUGUUGCUGACUUUUUCAGCUUCUUUUUCCUACUAUACGAGUCACCGCUGAGGCUUGCAAUUGCGUCAGGCUUCCUGGUCCGGCUGCUAGGGUGGAGGAGCUUGCUGGCCGGGUUCGUGGUCUUGCUUCUGUUGACUGUCGGCAACGUACACACGGUGCGCAAGUAUACCAAUAAGCAAGGAUUUGUGAUGGAGCAUCGGGAUCGUAAGCUCCGAAUGGUGACUGAGGUGUUUCAAGGGAUCCGCCAAGUCAAGUUCUCGGCCCUAGAAGGAAAAUGGGAAGAGGCGAUUAACCAGGCCCGGGACCGAGAAAUGCGAGGGCAGUGGGCGGUUUGUUUCUGGCAGAUUGCGCUUAUUUCGAUUUAUUUCAUCUGUCCAACUAUGCUGUCUGCGACUUGCUUUUCGGUCUAUGUGAUAGUUUACGGUACACUGUCUGCUGCCACGGCAUUCACGGCCAUUGCAGUUCUAAAUGCUGCGGAAGUCUCCAUGACCAUCCUUCCGGACGUCAUUUCAACACUAUUGAGUGCUUCUGUCAGUAUCAGGCGAAUUCACUUCUACCUCACACAGUCUGAGCGAGAAAGUUAUGUGGUUUCCUCCGAUACAAUUGAAUUUAAGGACGCGACGGUUGCAUGGCCUGGAUGCCGCGACGCUAGCGGUGGGAGUGCCUUGAAAGGCCUCAAUUUACAGUUUCCCCGAGAUGCGUUAAGCAUUGUGACAGGCCCAACGGGUGCCGGGAAAAGCCUUCUGCUCGCUGCUAUCUUAGGAGAAAGUGAAGUGCUCUAUGGGACUGUAUUAGCACCGGUAGCGGCCUGCUUUGACGAUAUAUGCUCACCCUCCCCUUCGGAGCCGUGGGUGACCUCGUUAGCAAUUGCGUUCGUGUCUCAGUCCCCCUGGAUACAGAUGGGUACCAUUAGAGAUAACAUUCUGUUCGGCCUCCCGCUAGAGGAGGAACGAUACAUAAAUGUGAUCUUUGCUUGUGCAUUACAACAGGAUCUCAACAUGCUCCCUGGCGGUGAUCUGACAGAAAUCGGUGGGCAAGGCGCAACUCUCAGCGGUGGCCAGCAAUGGCGCAUUUCACUCGCGCGUGCCCUGUACUCACGCGCUCGGACGUUGCUCAUGGACGACAUCUUCAGCGCCGUGGAUGUUCACACCCGCCAGCACAUGUGUCAGCACGCACUUACUGGUCCGCUGGCGCGCGGACGGACGUGUAUUCUGGUGACGCAUCAUCUCGAUCUUUGCCUGCCGUAUGCCAGCUACAUCGUCGUACUCGACCAUGGUGUUUUGAAGCAUGCAGUCCCUGUAUCCUCUGCGCUUAGAGACCAAUUGUCUGUUCCCGAGAAUGCAGAUUCACAACCGCAUGCAAACCACGUACAGAACACGGCACAAGUUACAGCAUAUGAUGAGAAUGAAAAGUCUCAGGACCUCCGGAUCGGCAUUCAUACUGCAGGUCGGAUCUUCAUCAGGGAGGGCGGUAAGAUCUACCACUGGAUAUUACUGGGCGUCGCGUUCCUUGGAUACGGAGGCUUAAUGCUGGCAAGGUCCUGGUGGAUUCAUGUAUGGACGGACAGGUAUCAAUCGCAUACUGACGAGCAAAAUGGCGAACCGCAUCUGCUGUACUAUCUCGGCAUCUAUAUCGGUAUCUCAACACUGACUUGUUUGUUCGGUAUAUGUCGCACAUAUUUUUCGUUUUCUGCAGCCUUGCGUGCCUCCCAGAAGCUGUUUCAGCAUCUCUUGUUUGUGCUACCGAGAGCCCCUCUUCAAUGGCAUGAUUCUAUCCCCUUUGGGGCGAUCCUCAGUCGGUUUUCCAGUGACUUCGCUAUGCUGGACACAAGAGUCGGGGACGACCUGCAAGCGACAUUGGGAUUUUCCAUGAAUGUCAUGAUUGCUAUUCUGGCGGGGUCUAUAGUGAACCCGAUAAUGAUCAUCGUAGCUGCUUGUCUUCUGGGGGUGUACAUCUGGUUGUCGGGCGAGUACCUCAUCGCGUCACGGAAAGUGAAGCAUCUCGAAAACGCAACCAAAGGCCCCAUCCUAGAGCAUAUCGACACAGGCAUUAACGGAAUAUCGACUAUUAGGGCCUAUGCACAAACCGGUCUCUUUAUCCGCCAAUUUCAAGCCAAGGUGAAUAAUCACGCAAGAGCGUUUUGGCAUCUGUGGUUGCUAAAUCGCUGGCUGGGCUUCCGAAUCAACUUCCUCGGUGCUAUUUUCUCCUUCUUGUCCGCUGCAUUCAUCGUAUCGCUGCCUGGAAUUGACGCUUCCACGGCUGGGUUUGCCAUCAGCUUUACCAUCGACGUGUCCCUCUCCAUGGCCUUGAGCAUCCGACGUUACGCCAACCUGGAACAGGGCAUGGACAGCGUUGGAAGAGUCCAUUCAUACAGCACCGUGGAUACUGAAAACUACAAUGGCUCAGACUCGCCGCCCGCGUGGCCCACAGAAGGUGCUCUCGUUAUUCGUGAUUUGGUUGUCCGUCACGCGCCGCAUCUGCCUCCUGUGCUACGUGGAGUUAGCUUUGAGGUACAAAGAAGUGAGAGAGUUGGCAUAGUCGGGCGUACCGGGGCUGGUAAAUCCUCCUUUAUCUCAGCGUUGUUUCGGUUCUUGGAGGCAUCGGAGGGUGAGAUUGUAGUGGACGGCAUUGAUAUCUCAACGCUCAAAAUCGACCAGUUACGUCGGCGCUUGGCUCUUAUUCCCCAACAGCCAAUUCUUUUCCAGGGUACAAUUCGAUCGAAUUUGGAUCCGUUCCACGAGCAUGAUGAUCAGGAACUCCUCGCGGCACUGCAGUCAUGCUGUUGGAACCAGGUAACACCUGGCUUCCAUGCCGCUUCAACAGAGAAUGCAUGCAGGCCAUCAACUGAAACGGUUUCGAGCGUCGAGGCUGAUGCUGUCGAAGAGGAUACGAACCAUCUGCUCCCCGAGAACUCAACAUCGAUAUUAGAGAAUCCCGUCUCCCAGGGUGGUGAAAAUCUUUCCCAAGGCCAAAGGCAGCUGCUCUGCUUAGCCCGAGCAAUUAUCACGCAGCCUAAAAUUCUUAUCCUGGAUGAGGCAACAUCAGCCGUCGAUCGUACCACAGCUGAGUUUAUCCAGCGAGCGCUGCGUACCGUGGUUCAUCAGAACGGAACGACACUUCUUGCUGUUGCUCACCGGCUCAGUACAAUCGCGGAUUUUGAUCGGAUUAUCGUGAUGGAUGCGGGCCGGGUUGUUGAAUCGGGAAUGCCGAAGGAAUUAAUUCGUGCUGAAAAAGGAAUAUUUCGGGGGAUGGUGGAACAAGAUGCAGAGCGAGACGCUCUGAAGGGACUAAUUCUAGCGUAG